UCCCGCAGCCCACAGGUCUGGCUCUACCUUCUGGUUCAGGGGGCCCUGGGAGCGGGGAUCCUGGGCCAGGGGACCCGGAGGCGCCCAUAGCCCGGAGCUCCCCGCCUGGAGUCUUAGAAAGUGUUGUGCUGACAGAAGGCGAGAACGGGCACUCAACUCAUCUCUGCGUCUCCCUUGCCCUGCACGGUGCCUGGCACACAGUAGCCCUUCCGCAGAGGCCGGGCUCCAGGACAAGAUGGCAGCCAAGCAGCCCCCGCCUCUCAUGAAGAAGCACAGCCAGACGGACCUCGUGAGCCGCCUGAAGACCCGCAAGAUCCUUGGUGUGGGCGGCGAGGAUGACGACGGGGAGGUGCACCGCUCCAAGAUCAGCCAGGUCUUGGGCAAUGAAAUCAAGUUUGCUGUUCGGGAGCCUUUGGGACUGAGGGUCUGGCAGUUUGUUUCUGCUGUGCUCUUCUCUGGCAUUGCCGUCAUGGCCCUGGCCUUCCCCGACCAGCUCUAUGACGCCGUCUUUGAUGGAGCUCAGGUGACCAGCAAGACCCCCAUCCGCCUCUAUGGGGGUGCGCUCCUCAGUAUCUCUCUGAUCAUGUGGAAUGCUCUCUACACGGCCGAGAAGGUUAUCAUUCGCUGGACUCUGCUCACCGAAGCCUGCUACUUUGGGGUCCAGUUCUUGGUGGUCACUGCCACGCUAGCCGAGACCGGCCUCAUGUCCCUGGGGAUUCUGCUGCUCCUGGCCAGCCGCCUCCUUUUUGUCGCCAUCAGCGUUUACUACUAUUACCAAGUCGGCCGAAAACCCAAGAAAGUCUAAAUGGCCACUGGGCUGGGGCCCUUCUCGGGCAAGGAGGCCCGGGGCCUCAGUUUCCCUUUGGUUCAUGGGAGGCAGGAAGGACCCUGCCCUAUCCCAGGCAGACAGGAGCGGCCCCCUUCCUCCCGGGCUCUCCCUGAAUGCUGUGAUCAGGGCUUUCAGGUUUGAGGAGGGACAGGGCCUCUGCACCCUGCUCUUUGCCCCACACGAUGACGCCUCUUUUCUUGAGCCUCUUGGUCUCGGAUCCCCUGGACAGACACGGACUGAAGAGCCUGCAUCACAGG